AUGUCUGCAGACGUCCCCCUGAUGGACAAAGAGGCUUUCUACUCGCAGCUUGAAUGGCUGGAUGCGAUCUCAGGCAGCGAGGACGAGAUCCCUCAACAAGACCGUGAAAUACGUGAUAGAAAUCGACAAUUUUUCAGGCAGACACUACCCAAGCAGCAUUCCAAACCCACCAGCCGCGAGCCACCAGCAAGCCAGAUCUCGACCACUGACCUGACGACGGCAGACGAGCACCUGGGCAGGAUUCCAAAGCGAUCCAGGACGGCGCCGACGCCACUUUCUGCUCGCUCUACUACUGUCAUCAAGGCUACACCUACUGGUGCGGACAGUAACAAGCAAGCCAAGAGACAGCGUCUGCCCGCCAGCACCUCAUUCAUUGAGGACACUCCUCGUCAAGAGCCUCGUCCAUCAGCCGUCAUUAAACUGAGGCGCACCGCAACAAACCCGCCAUCACUUCCCUCGUCGAAGGCCUCAUCCUUUCAGUCAGUUUCGGGGCCCAUCAUGGGAGCUCGGAAGCGCAAGCAUGAAGCAGGGGUCCCUCAACAUGAACAAGUACUUAAAGGGCUUCGGUUCUUCUACAUCCCCGGAGCUCGGAUAUCCUUACGGAAAGGUCGCAUGGAGCACGCUGAAAAUUAUGGUGCCGUGGUGACCUUGGUGCUCGCAGACGCGACGCACGUAAUUGUUGACGACAAUCUAACCUUUGAGAAUAUCAAGGAAAUAGUGGCUCCAGUGGUCAAUCAGAAACAGCCCGUGAUAGUCCGAGACCACUGGCCUCUGGACAGCAUUAAGCAGAAACGACUCCUCCCGACAUCGUCGUCAUGGUAUUGCGUCAAAGGCAUCCUAUCUACAGAGGCCCUGUGCUCAUCUGGCCCUGCGGGAUCUACUGCCGAUGAAUCUCCCCAACAGUCACUGGAAAUCAAGGCCGCUGGCAAGAAACCCGAUCAACAGGACCAUGAACUACAGUCUACCCCUUCGCAAAGUGAGAGAUCCUCAGCACUGCAACACGAGCGUCCCCAUAUGAUCGGAAUGGGGUUUGAUACAGCACUUGUUACAAUUCCGUCCUCACAGCCCUCUUCUGGGGAUGGAGCGUCUCGUGCGAGCCCCACAAGCAAUUGUCGACCUGGCCACGACUACGGAGACGAGCUAUCACAACUGAUUGAUGACGUGCAGAAGAACUACAAGGACCUCCCCUCACUCGCAGGCGACGACGAUGAACCAAGGUCAGACAACAAGAGCAAAACCAGUCUCACGAGCAGCGAUGAGACCUCGCAGAGUGAUUCUGAAGGCGAGAAACAAGCAAAGCGUCGGAAGAAGUCGAACACGCCAGAGCCCAGAUACGAGGACAAUUUUGCAUGUAGCAGAGGUGGUACGAUAGAAAAAGCCGUGGGCCCAAACACCCGGACUAUUACGGUUUUGCAGCAAAUGCUCGAUUACUAUACCAAGACGAAUGACCAUUGGCGCAUCCAGGCUUACCGCAGGGUCAUCAACACCCUAUCCAGACAUCCCGAAAAGGUAACCACUGCCAAACGAGCACGCCAGCUGCCUUUCAUUGGGAAGAGACUCAGCAACAAGAUCGAGGAAAUUGUCAAAACUGACCGCCUCCAACGCCUGGAGCAGGCAGAGAACGACGCAGCGAGCCGGAUCCUUGGGCUUUUCCUCGGAAUCUACGGCGUUGGCCUUUCCAUUGCUGAGAAAUGGGUCGCCCAGGGCUACAGAACCCUCGACGACUUGUUGCGCAAGGCCCCGCUGACCCCGAACCAGCGCAUAGGUAUCGAGCACUACGACGACCUGAACACGCGGAUCCCGCGCGCCGAGGUCAAGGCACUCGGCGACUGUGUGAAGGACGAAGCAGCCCGGAUCGACAAGGACGUGGAGCUUCUCAUCGGCGGCAGCUACCGCAGAGGCGCGGACAGCAGCGGGGACAUCGAUUUCAUCAUUACCAAGGCAGGGACGAAGUCGAGCGAGGAGCUCACCCCGUUCCUGGAUGUGCUCGUGGCGAAUCUGACCCAGAAGGGGUUCCUGACGGCCGAGCUGGCCUCCCACAAUUCCCGAGGUUCCAGGCACAGUAAGGACGGUAACGGCUCCAAGUGGCACGGCUGCUGCGUUCUUCCGCUAGUCGCCGGCUCGGAGAACGACAAUGACCGACACAGACCGUGGAGGCGCAUCGACUUCCUGCUAGUGCCUGAGACAGAGUAUGGUGCCGCAUUGAUCUACUUCACGGGCAACGACAUCUUCAACCGAAGCCUCCGGUUGCUGGCGUCGAGGAAGAAGAUGAGGCUGAACCAGCGCGGGCUGUACAAGGACGUGAUCAGAGGUGAAGCGAGGCAGAAGCUGUCAGAGGGAGAGCUGGUCGAAGGCAAGAGUGAGAAGAGGAUCUUUGAGAUUCUCGGGGUUCAGUGGAGGGAGCCCCAUGAGCGGUGGUAUUAA